AUAUGUCGGUAUCAUGUGUUCAUCUAUGGACUACUCAUGGUGGCUCUGCAUAUCCUUCAAAGCUCCAUUCAUUUUCCGAUCUGAAUUUCUAUUAGUUUAGUUUCUUCAGCUUCUGGAUCAUAACAAGCUAUCUCAGUUGAAUAUAUAAUCGAUCAAGUACUUCAUAUAUUGCUCCUUCUUCUCCUUCUUUGUCGUCUUCUUCAGUACCAGUCAUGGCUUUUGCGAUUGCUUCUGCUCUGUGUGUGUUCUUCAGCUGCUUGGUUUCUGUAUCACAAGCUCAAAACGCUACCACAGAUCCUUCAGAAGCGACAAGUUUGAAUUCAAUCUUCAGCAAAUGGGGAAUAUCGGCAUCAGCAAGUGCAUGGAAUAUAAGCGGUGAGCUAUGCAGCGGACGAGCCAUUGACAGCACUACCGCGGUCGAAGACGUCAAUCCAUUUAUCAAAUGCGACUGUUCCAAUGGCACUUGCCACAUUACUGCACUGAGGGUUUAUGCAUUGAAUGUUGUUGGGGAAAUCCCAGAAGAGCUAUGGACUCUGACUCACCUUACCAAUUUGAACCUCGGCCAGAAUUACUUGACGGGUUCUCUACCUCCAGCCAUUGGAAAUCUUACUCUCAUGCAGUACUUGAGCUUGGGCAUCAAUUCCUUAUCAGGGGAGCUUCCCAAGGAAUUGGGAAAUCUUACGGAGUUAAUUGUAUUGAGUCUUGGAUCAAACAACUUCUCUGGUUCUAUCCCAUCUGAACUAGGGAAUCUCAUGAAAUUGCAACAACUCUAUUUAGAUAGUUCAGGACUUAGUGGCCAGAUUCCUCCCAGUUUUGCUAAUCUUAAAAACCUGGUGACAGUAUGGGCUUCAGACAUGGAUCUCUCAGGCAGGAUACCCGACUUCAUAGGAAAUUGGUCUAAGCUUACAGUCUUGAGGUUUCAGGGUAAUUCUUUUGAAGGCCCUAUACCAUCAUCAUUUACCAAUUUGACUUCUCUUACAGAGUUGAGAAUAAGUGAAAUAUCUAAUGGGAGCUCUUCACUGGCAUUUAUGAGGAAUAUGAAGUCUUUGACUGUCUUAGUACUGAGAAAUAACAAUAUUUCUGAUUCAAUUCCAACCAAUAUCGGUGAAUUUCUAAAUUUGACUCAGCUGGAUCUGAGCUUCAAUAACAUCACAGGGCAGAUUCCGGGAUCACUUUUCAAUCUGAGUUCACUAACACACUUGUUUCUUGGAAAUAACAAACUCAGUGGUACUAUCCCUACCCAGAUAAGCCCAAUGCUUCUCAAUAUAGACUUGUCCUACAACAAUCUAUCAGGGAGCCUCCCCUCUUGGGUAAACAAACAAAAUUUACAACUGGCCAAGCAACCCUUUAGUCAAAACAUCAGCUGCUUGCAACUUUGUAGGAAAAUAUGUCAAAUAUAUAAUUCCUUCUUCCACCUUUUCUUUGAUGAAGUGACAGUCUAUCUCCAUAUGUUUCGACCUGUCAUGUUGUACUGGAUUUAAAGCCAUGCUUAUGGCAGCUUUAUUAUCAUAGUAGAGCUUCAAUGGUGAACUUGCUUCAACCUGUAUUUCAUUCUAGACUCGUACCAGCAAUAACUCCUCUAUUAUUCCUUGAGCUAAAGCUCUCAACUCAGAUUCAACACUGCUUCUUGAAACAACUCUUUGCUUUUGGCUUCUCCAUAUGUCUAGAUUACCCCACACAAAUGAAUAAUAGCUAGAGGUUGACCUUUGAUCUUUAUAAGUUCCACCCCAACUUGCAUCAGUGUAAACUUCUAUAUAUGUUUGCUCAUGUUUUCUAAAGAAUAGGCCUUUACCAAGAGUAUUUUUUAGAUUUCUCAAAAUCCUGUAGACUACUUCUAUAUGACUCUUCAUUAGACAGCUUAUAUAUUGACUUGCUACACUGACAGCAAAUGUUAUAUUUAGCCUUGUAUGGGAAAGAUAUAUUAGUUUUUCAAUAAGUUUCUAAUAUCUCUCCUUGUCAGUAGCUUCUUCCUUUUCUUCUUCAUACUCCUCAUCUAAGUUUUCUUCCUCCUCAAAGUCUUUCACUUUUCCAUUCUUGUCCUUGGGUUUCGUCGAUUUCUCGACCUUAAUAUGAGUUUCAACAGGUCUACAACCCAACAUGCCUGUCUCAGUAAGAAGAUCGAGUAUAUAUUUUCUCUAAGAAACAUAGAUUCCUCUCCUUGAUCUGGCAACUUCCAUCCCAAGAAAGUAUUUUAGCUUCCCGAGAUCUUUGACGUCAAAUUCCUUGCUAAGGGCAGCCUUUACUCUUUCUAUCUCCUCAAGGUGAUCUCUGGUGAGUAUUAUGUCAUUGACAUGUACAAUAAGGAUGCAUUUCUUGCUUCCCUCAACGUUAACAAACAUUUUACGAUCUGACAGGGCUUGCUUGUAACCUUCAAACUUUAGGACUCUUGAGAACCUGUCAAACCAAGCUCUUGGUGACUGUUUCAAGCCAUAUAUAGACUUUUUUAAUUUACAAACUUGAUUUGCCUUGCCUUAUCAACCCAAGAGGUAGAGUCAUAUAGACUUCUUCCUUCAACUCUCCAUUCAGAAAAGCAUUUUUGAUGUCAAGUUGGUGAAGAGGCCACUCAAGGUUAGCUGCUACAGAUAAUAGGACUUUGAUAGUGUUCAGUUUUGCGAUCGGAGCAAAUGUUUUUUCAUAGUCCAAGCCAUAUGUCUAGGUAAACCACCUUGCAACCAAGCAUGAUUUCAACUUGCCAAGGGUUCUAUCUGCCUUGUAUUUUGUUACAACUCACUGUUUUCUUUCCUUUUGGUAGUUAAACAAGUUCCCAUGUCUCAUUCUUUCCUAAAGCCUUCAUCUCAUCCAUAAUAGCACUUCGCCAUUCAGGGAUGGUAAGAGCUUCCUGUAUAGUCA